AUACAUCUGUGAUUUUGACCACUGUGUGAAGUUGGCGUGUAGAAUGAGGCAGCGUAUUCUUUAAGCUAGUCUGUACAACAAGUAGAAUUUUUUAAGUCUAUAUAGGUGUAUAUCUUCGGUUACAUUCAACAUAUAGGUAAAUCAGCUUGUUAUAUAAUUUUAACAUUGUUUCAAAUAGUACGUGUGGCACGAUAAAAUUUAUUAACCAAUGGAAAGUCAAGGUCAAAGUCAUGCGCGGCUUUGUGCAUGCAUUUGCGCGCGUUUUCAUGAAGCGCCAAGAUGGUGAGAAAGGAAACUUUGAAGGAGCAGUUUUCGUACCUUGGAGUUAGUAACGUACCCGAAGAAGUUCUGGGCAAAUGAGUACCUUCACCUUUAAUACCACACCCAUUUGGCAUCCAUGUCAACCCUGAGAUAAUGCAUGUUCCACCACUGACCCUAGUGAGGAGAUAUGCAACUUGAAUGGUAUAGACGAAGAAGAGUUGGUGGAGGUAUGGAUGGCCUUCAGCGUGUCACAGCUGAGGGGUGCCGACCCUACGCUGGAUACGCUCGUUCAGAUGGAACGCAAAGAGUUCGGCAAGAAGCAGGAUCAUCAGCCCCAACCCCAGCAGCAGUCGUCAAGGUCACAAGAGAACACGCUUGUUAUUUACGUGGGCAAGGAGUCCGGAAGCGAUGCUGAACUCGAAGAUAACAUUCUGGAUUCAUACAGCUCUACUCCUAAAGCAAAGAACAAAUGUGGAAGAUAUGAUGAUCACACGCCAGAUACUAGGCCAGCACGUGGACGCAGCCCCAGGGCCACCUUCUCUCCUGCCAGCUUCUCACCUACUGUUGCAACACCGUCCAGCAAAUACAGGGCUCGCACAAACAAGGGUGAUGCAGUGUGCACAUACGGCGAGAAAUGUAGAACGACGGACUGGUAUCCAGAAAACACGGAGUUUCAACUAGUAAUCCAGUUACCAUAUUCACACAUGCCUUCCAGCACUUAUUACAUGUUCAACCAACUGCGAGACAUGGCUCGAGUGCUAGAUGAAAUUGUUUAUCACUUGGGGCAGGAGAUAGUUAGCAAGUUUUCUUUGGAGGAGCCCCAGGCAGUAAAUCUGCCUCAUCAGAGCCAGUUUGUUGGUGUGGGCAGGGUGUGCUGUGACAGUAAUGGACGGCUUAAUGCUAAGUCUAUAGUACUUGAAAGCUUUGCUGGCAAGUCCGUUCCCAUGGAUUUAUCACAAGUGGAAAAUUUUUCGUUGUUUCCUGGACAAAUAAUUGUAGUUGAAGGGGAGAACCCACUGGGGAGUAAAUUAUGUGCUAAACAGAUCUACAGUGAUGCUUCCUUGCCAUUUCCUCCAAAACCAUCUCUGUCAACGGAAGAAAAUGGUCCAAUGCAGAUUGUUGUGGCAGCUGGUCCAUUUACUCAGUCUGAUACUUUAACUUACCAACCAUUGCAGGACUUUGUGGAAUAUAUUCUGGAACAUAAGCCACAUUUGGUCAUUUUAAUUGGCCCAUUUAUUGAUGCCACACAUCCUCAUGUGGUUGAAGGAAUGCUUGCAGAAACCUUUCUAGCCUUCUUUGAGAAGAUUGUUGAUGGCAUCAUGGAACCCUUGAAAAAGCUGAAUACGAAAGUGCUGAUGGUUCCUUCUUGUCGCGAUGCCCAUCACCAUGCAGUGUAUCCAGUUCCACCAUAUGUGCUUCGGAAGCAGUAUGCAAAAUUAACUUUGGCUCCUGAUCCUUGUGUAGUGGAUAUCCAUGGUCUUACAAUUGGUGUAACAUCUACAGAUGUAUUGCUUCAUUUGGGAAAAGAGGAAAUAUCUCAGUUGCGGUUGGGGUCAGACAGAUUAGGACGCAUUGCUGGCCACAUCUUAUCCCAACAAUGUUUCUAUCCCUUGUAUCCACCAGCAGAAGAAAUUAAUCUUGAUUUAGAGUUAUGGGCAAAAUAUGCAUCACUGGAAGUUAUGCCACACAUAUUAAUCCUGCCUUCAGACCUUCGUUGCUUUAUUAAGAACUUGAAUGGCUGCAUAACUGUUAACCCUGAGCAUUUGGCCAAAGGUUUGGUUGGUGGUAACUUUGCGCGUCUGGAAGUGUCUUGUGUUAAAGGAGAUGUUAAUGUCAGUGCACAGGUAGUAAAAAUAUAAAACUGCACUGGGCGUAUUGCUGGCUUAAUUUUGUGAUUUCUCGUGACUGACAUCUUUGCCACUGCGAGUAUCAAUUACCUCUAGUUUCACUAUAUUUAAUUUAAAGCAUGCUGUUGUAAUAAACAUCUUAUUAGGCUUGA